GCUAACAGCCCCAUCAACCCGGCUCUCGCCUCGUUGCGCGAUGCUUUGCGCGAAUUUCGCACAUGCGCUGCUGGCGGUCUGCUCGAGCCUGCUCACGCCGCCGAGGCUCUCCAAAUGGUAGAAGAGCUGCGCACGCUGUGUGUCGACGUGCCUGCGGCGCCUGCAGCGGCCAGCUCUGAUGUGCUGCCGCCUCCGCGUGGCCGUGGCGCUGCUCCGGCGACACUCACAACCUGGUGCGGCGAGACCGCGCCGCCGCCUGGCCCUCGGCGCACCAAUGCGAAGAACGGCGAGCCACCAACCUCGCCGACGCCGUCGCCCACGCAGCCGCCGCCCGCGGCACUGUCGCAACCGCCAGCUGCACCACCGCCGCCAGCUCCGCCGGCGGCUGCACCGCCGGCGGCUGCUGCACCACCGCCGGAUGCUGCACCACCGCCGGCGGCUGCACCGCCGGCGGCGGCUGCUGAGGCGGCUGCUCCGCCGGCGGCGGCUGCUCCGCCGGCGGCGGCUGCUCCGCCGGCGGCGGCUGCACCGCCCCGGCUGCUCCUCGAUCUGCCUCUCGACGUGCUCGCCCUCGUGCUGUCACCCCUCCCUCCAAACGAGCUCGCCAACCUCGGCCUCGUGAGCCGCGCGUUCCACCGCGGUCCGCCGCCGCAGCAGCCGCCUCCGCCCGCCGUCGAGCUGGCGCUGCGGCUCCGCGCCGAGGAGCGCGGCGAGGCGCUGCCCGCCCACCUCCCUCCGGGCGAGCGCAGCUGGCUGCAGCAUCUCCUCGCUCUCGAGGCGCUGGGCGACGGCUCCGGCGCCCUCGACGGCGGCGCCUUCUUCUCCUGCUUUGUCUCGCCGGAGGGGGAGCUGCUCACGAGGGGGAGCUGCUCACGCGCCUGCGUGCAUGCGGUAGCGUGCGGCGAGCAGCACACACUAGCCCUCACCGCCGCCGGGGCCGUCUACUCCUUUGGAGGAGGGCGGCGCGGCGCGCUCGGCCACGGCGGCACCUCCGACGUUCUCUCUCCGCGCCGCAUCGACGGCCUCGCCUCUGUCCGCGCCGCGUCGGUCGCUGCGGGCGCCUACCACUCGCUGGUUGCUGUCGCGAUGGCCGCCGCGGGCGGAGCCCACUCCCUCGCCACGACGGCGGGCGGCCGUGUGUACGCGUUUGGCGACGGGAGGCAGGGGCAGCUGGGAGUAGAGCCGCCAGGCCACGCCACGGCCAUGUCUGCCACCGGACACCGCUGCUGCGUCCUCCCCGCUUGGGUCGAGGCGCUGGCCGCCAUCUCGCCGCGCGCCGUUGCGUGCGGCGGCGACUUUUCGCUCGUCGUGGCGCAGGACGGCAGCCUCUACUCCUUCGGCGCAAACAGCUUCGGGCGCCGCGGCCGUCACACACACGCCUUAGGGGAGAUGCGGGGAGAUCUGGGGAGAUGCGGGGAGAUGCAGCUUGGCCUCGGCUGCGCGCCCGACCAGCGCGCGCCGUGCCGCGUGGAGGCGCUCCGUCACGUCGCCAUCGCCACCGCCGCCGCGGGCGCGGGACACUGCCUCGCCGCGGGCUGGCCGCGCGAGAAGGCGGCCGAGGCGGCGGCGGCGGGGCCGCAGGCGGCCGAGCGGGCGGCGGGUGCGGCGCGGCGCGGGCUGGACGUCUUCUCGUGGGGCGGGCACGCGUACUAUCGCGCCGAGGAGCUGCCGGUGCACACGCCCGGCCUCGCCGUGCGUGGAGGGCGCUCCGGUCUCUGAUUGAAUGUGUGCACCCCGUGUUUGGGCGCUGAGCCAAGCCCGAGAGGUCGAGGGGGCUCGCGAACCUCGAAGAAGGGGACUGGAGAGUCUAGAGCGGGGUACCUUACUUGAACCCCCCCCCCCCCCCCCCCCGGUCUGGCUGGGAGACGUGGAUGGGGCGUUUCUCGGGGCGA